GUCGGCGCACGCAGUUCUACGGCGUUGAAUGGUAUCAGACCAUGAUACCACUCACCUUGGAAGGGAUGGCAUUGCUUUAUUGUCUUACACAUGGUGCAGUGUCUCGCAGAUCACAUCCAUGUCCGAGUCCCGGGUCCCAGCAUGGCCGUGGGAUGCGGCGCUGGUGUGUACAGCACAUAGUCACUCUGCUCGAUUUAUAUGACCAGACGGGGCUCACAUCUUUGGAAGCCUGGAACAUUGCAGGUUCGCUCUUGCAUGCUCAACACACCACAGGCUUCUCUACCCAACCAUGCGGCGGUGUCGAUUCCUGGUGUUAUCGUCCACAAGAGCGCGUAUUAGGAAGCUGGCUAGUCCACGCGCACCUGAACACCGUAGCGGCCCGCAACGCUCUCCACGGAUCCGAGGCGUGGCGCGUAAAAUUUGUCCAUGGGAAACAUCCCGUCCUGGCUCAUGCACCGCGGCCCUGCAUGGACGAGAACAGGCCAUUCAAUCCGUCUCAUUCUUCGCGCACCUACUCCCUGCCCAACAUCGUCACGCUCCCAACAGUGCACUACAAUUGGUGUAGAUAAAUAUAACAGCGUGCUACGAAUAUAGGUACGGAACAGAAUGCUACAAUAAGUCAGGUCACAUAUCAU